AUGGACGCAGCACCCAGCCCGGAGCAUGCCAAGACACUGACCCUGGGAGCAGAGUCUCCGCUCUUCAUAGAUAGACCUGACUUCUUUGAUUAUCCAGACUCAGAUCAAGCCAGGCUCCUGGCCCUGGCCCAGUUUAUUGGAGAGAAACCUGUCAUCUAUGUUAACUCAGGUUCCAACUCCAGGUUCUUCCAUCAUAUCCUGACGGGCUCUCUGGUAGUGGCCUUCUUCUUCCUCCUUUUCCAGUUCUGCACACACCUGAGCUUCCAGAAAGGGGCCUAA